GUUUUCCUCCGUAGUCACGGUAUCAGUUUCCAGUGUUGUGAUCUCAUCUGAACCUUGGUGCUGUUGUUUUUUUUUCUUUUUCAAAAUUGCAAACAAUUAGAUACGUCUGUAUUUAUUAAAAUAGUCUGAUACGAAGCGGAAGCGGGUGUUUGUGGUUCGAUGUGUCUGUGGAAGCCGUAGACUAUGAGCAACAGUCAUCCUUUGCGGCCUCUGGCCUCCGUGUCGGAGAUCGACCACAUCCACCUGCUGUCCGAACAGCUUGGAGUGCUGGUUCUCGGUGAGGAGUACAGCGAUGUCACCUUUAUUGUGGAGGGGAAGAGAUUCCCGGCGCACCGGGUCAUCCUGGCUGCUCGAUGCCACUACUUCAGGGCCUUGCUGUACGGUGGGAUGAAGGAGUCCCAACCCCAGGCCGAGGUUCGUUUGGAGGAGACUCGUGCUGAAGCUUUCUCCAUGCUGCUAAACUACUUGUACACGGGCCGGGCCAGCCUCAGUUCUGCACGGGAAGAGGUGCUGCUGGACUUCCUGGGUUUGGCUCACCGCUACGGCCUCCAGCCUCUGGAGGACUCCACCUGUGAGUUCCUCCGUACCAUCCUGCACAUCAACAACGUCUGCCUGGUGUUUGACGUGGCCAGUCUCUACUCUCUGAGCACGCUCAAUGAGGCCUGCUGUGCUUACAUGGACCGACAUGCACCGGAGGUUUUGAACUCUGAUGCGUUUCUCUCGCUCUCCAAGACGGCUCUGCUGACUGUGGUCAGACGGGACUCAUUUGCUGCCAGUGAGAAGGAGAUCUUCCAGGCUUUGUGUCGAUGGUGCCAGCAGCAUGAGGACGGUGCUGACACACAGGAAGUGAUGUCAGCGGUGCGACUGCCGCUCAUGACUCUGACGGAGAUGCUGAACGUGGUGCGACCGUCUGGCCUUGUGAGCCCCGACAACCUGCUGGACGCCAUAAAGAGCCGCUCAGAGAGCCGCAACAUGGACUUGAACUACCGGGGAAUGCUCAUCCCAGAGGAGAACAUCGCCACCAUGAAACACGGAGCUCAGGUUGUAAAAGGAGAGCUGAAGUCGUCACUGCUGGAUGGAGACACCCAGAACUAUGACCUGGACCACGGUUUCUCCAGACAUCCCAUCGAAGAGGACGGUCGGUCGGGGCUCCAGGUCAAACUGGGCCAGCCGUCCAUCAUCAACCACAUCCGGCUGCUGCUAUGGGACAGAGACAGCCGGUCCUACUCCUACUACAUCGAGGUGUCCAUGGAUGAGCUGGACUGGGUGCGCGUUAUUGACCACUCCAAGUACCUGUGCAGGUCGUGGCAGAAUCUAUACUUUACACCACGAAUUUGCAGAUAUGUUCGCAUUGUUGGAACACACAACACGGUCAACAAGGUUUUUCACCUCGUGGCUUUUGAAUGCAUGUUCACCAACCGUUCGUUUACACUGGAGAAUGGCCUUGUGGUUCCCAGUGAAAAUGUGGCCACGAUAGCAGCCUGUGCCAGUGUGGUAGAGGGGGUGAGCCGAAGCAGAAAUGCUUUGCUUAACGGUGACACUCAUAACUAUGACUGGGACUCGGGAUAUACAUGUCAUCAGCUGGGCUCGGGAGCCAUAGUCAUCCAACUCGCUCAGCCGUACUCCAUCGGAUCCUUCAGGCUGCUUCUCUGGGACUGUGACGAGCGCUCCUACAGUUACUAUGUUGAAGUUUCCACCAAUCAGCAGCAGUGGACAAAGGUGGUGGACCGCACCAGAGUUGCAUGUCGAUCAUGGCAGACUUUGAAGUUUGACAAUCAGCCUGCUUCCUUCGUCCGUGUUGUCGGGACCCACAAUACUGCUAAUGAGGUUUUCCACUGUGUCCACUUCGAGUGUCCUGCCCAGCUGGACACGGAGGUCACUGAAGGCAGCCCAGGAGUGGAUUCGUCUGAUUCUAGUACCGCCAGCCUGGAGCAGCGACCCCAGCGACCCUCACGCACACACAGCCUGUUGCCCACUUAGCCUUCCUCCUCAUCCUCUUCCUCACAGUCCCACCAUUAAAAGCUCUCUGAGUCCUCCAGAUGCCAUUUUGCACAGCUUUCACCAUCCUGACUGCACUGCUACGAUGCUGCUAAGGUUGAUUGUCAUUUUGUUACAGUCCAUCCUCCCUCUGUCAUGUGUGCAACAGCUGAUACCUGUGGAUCUGUCGCAGCAUAGUUUAUUUAUAUCUCCUGUCUUCCCAGUUUUUUUGACUGAAAUAUGUUUUCAGUGUACUGAUGUGUACAUUUUAUGAAGGUACUUUUUAGCCACUUGGUCAGGUCUUAUCCUUUCAGAAUCUUGAAGUCUGAUUAUUAUUAUUUCUUUCCUCAACGAUGAGGCACACACUGACAUGAUUAUACCGUACUACUAUAAGACCAGUCAGACCAGGUAGGGAGAGAGGAAAGCAAUGUGAAUUUGAUAAAUGCAUACCAGUACCUUUGAAGAACAAAAAGGAUUAAAUCCUUAUCAAGCUAUUUUUUAAGAAUUUGUCUUAAAAAACAGAUCCAACUGACUUUUCAUACCAUAAACAUAACAGUAGAAGUCAUAUAUUUUUCAAAACUUGAAAGCUCAUUCUUAAAUAAACCCACCAGAGCAGGGAAAUAAAUGCAUCCUGUUGCUUUUUGGAUGCAAAUAAAACUCAACUUUAAUCCUGUUAUGCAUUUGCAUAUCAAGUAAUAACUGAGUAUUUGAAUAUCAGGCUUUCAUACCCUAAAACGAGGCAUAUGCUGAUAUCUGGUGCCAUUUUUUGAUAAGCAUUCAAACCUGACUUAAAUAUUUUAAGCAUUUAAACUGCUCAGUAUAAAUGAUAGGGGAUAGUGGUAGGUUUGAAGAAUAAAAUCAGGGCUCAGAAGCUGGGACCAAAUCAAUGUAUGCACUUGGGCUGCCUGAUCUGAAGUUUAUACAUGUUAGAAAUAUGAGCAGCUGCAGUUGGCACUUUAUUUUAGUAAACACAAAUAAAGUUUGCAGAAUAGAUUUUCUGCCUUUAUUACAGCUCUGAGUGCUGAUUGGGUGUCUUUCUAUUUGCAUGUACAAACUAAUUUAAACUGUGGCUACUGGGGGAUGUGGAAAGAUUAAUUUUCUGUUUGAGUGUUUUAUUUAAAUAAGCUGUUCUGUGUUUACUUUUGUGUGCAUUAGGAUUUUGCCCUUUUGAGUGUAUUAGAAAUCUCAGAACAUUUUUCAGUGUUGCAUCAGGCGAAGUAGGGUAAUUAGCUCUGUUGUGUUUUUUCUUAAGGCCUCCCAUCUGCAGUGUAGAAGAUGAUUCAUUAGUUGGUUAAAGUCUUCCUCUGAAACUAAACAAAAUAGGGCUUUGUUCAUGUCAUAUUGUAGAGAUAAUAUCCAAUACCUUUGAGUAUUCCUAGUUUUGAUUUUCUCAUGUAUUUCUUUCGAUCAGUGAUGCUGAUUCAUUUCUGCACUCACUCUUCUACAGACUGCUUCUCAGUGAUGUGAUUUUUGAGAACAACUGACAAUGCUGGUUAUGUUUUUGUGGAACGGUCACCCUGACCUGCUUGUGUGAAAUCCUGCUGUUAACUUUAGGUGAUGUCUUUCAUACAAGCAAUAUAAUGACCUCAGAGCUUCUGUUACAGAACAAACUGUGCUGAUUGAUUAGUUACUAUGUGUUCAUCAUGCUUUAGGCACUAAUGCUCUGUUAGCUCAUUGGACAAUGUUGAUGCUACCUAAUGAGAGGUCGUUGUUGUCAUUAAACUUUCAAUAAUCUUUCAUUUUGAAA